CCUGGACAAUGGCGUGAUAAAGGAGAAAAAAUUCAUGGUCCAGAUCCUAAUAUUGUAUACUGGCCAAAAAAUAGGCAUUGGGAAUUGAUUAAAGAUAUUACUGAAAGUAGUGGUUCUGGAAAGACAACGCGUGCAAUUCGAAUCUUCAAAGAUAUAAACAUGGUUGUUUUCACCUAUACAAAUACACUAGCUAAAGAUUUCCAAAAUGACCAUAAACCUCCACCAUUCUUCAGAGAAAUGCCUCAUGACUGGUUAAAAGAACAAGCUGAUUACUAUGAGGAAGUCUUAACUGACUAUUGGGCCAAAUGUCCUAGAUUACAAGAGCUUAAGAAAAAAAUACGAUGCCAAAAUAACAGAGUGCAGUCAGACUUAUUCUGUGAAGCACUUCUGAAUACAGAAAAAUGGGAAUAUCUUAAAGCUGAAUAG